UUGCGGAGGCGCCCUACAUACAAACUCCGAAUCAUCCGAACCAGAUGCAGAUCGUGCUCGGGCGCAGGGUGAUCUUGGCGUCACACUUCGAUUUGCCGACCAUGGAGAAGAGCCCGAUGCUUCACACCACGACACCCGAGCGCGCCUCGGGCGUCCGUCAUGCUGGUCACGUCGUGGCGGCGGCUGCCGUCCUCGGCCUCGUCGUCCUCGUCCAGCAAAAGACGGCCUCGCCGCCUACGGAGCUCUCGCUCCGCCCGACCAACUUGAACGCCGACUACUGGAUGCAGGUGGCGACGCCCGACGACGUGGCAUUCCGCCAAGUGUCGGCGGCCGACGGUCGCGUGUGCGGCACGACCACGGCCAACCACGUCUUGUGCGCCGACGAGUCGAACCUUGCGCAUUGGACGCCGCUCGUUGGCAACACGCAGCACAUUGAGCUCGCCAACGGCAUGCUCUUCCGCGCGGCGACGGACGACUCGCUCUCGUUCGCACACGCGUCGGCACCGAGUGCAUGGUCGGCGAUGCGUGGCAACAACGUGCAGCUCUCGUCGGACGGCGCCUACGUCUGCGGCGUCGACAAAUCGUCGUCGGCGUACUGCCUCAACAUGGCCAACCCGAUCGCGUGGGCGGUCAUGUGGCCGGGCCAUGCCGACGUCGGUGCACCCAAGCAGUUUGUGCUCCACGGCAACGACGCCUUCUUCGCCGUGACGGACCGCGACGAGCUCUUCGCGGGCAAGCCGUCUGUUGGCGCCCUCAUGGACGUGCCGCAGGUCGCGCAGGUGCCCGGCCUCUUUACGCAGCUCUCGUCGAACGGCCACGCGCUUUGCGGCGUGACCCGCCAGACCGAGAUCUUUUGCGCCACGGAGAAUCUCAGCUCGUCGCCCAACUGGCGCGUUGUCGCCCAUGUGCUGGGCAAUGCCGCCAGCGUCCACAUCGCCGACACGCGCAUGUAUGCUGUUAACGCGCGCGGCCAACUGUUUGCCCACGCCCUUUAACUUGCAAGGGAUUUCGCUUUUUCGUACUUCAA